AUGCUGAGUCGCGCCGUAUUGCCUCUAACGAGGCCCAACGUUCUCGCAUCUGCCGUCCGUGUGUCUGCUUUGUCCGUUCCUCAGCUCCGGUUCUAUGCCAAAGGCAAGAGUGCACCGUAUGAGCUACCCAAGUCAAUGCAGCCGGAGACGACAAAGCAGAAGAACAAGUCCAAAGCUGCCAAUCAGGCUCAAAAGAAACAGAAGCAACAGCCUCCAUUGAAUACUAAUGCCAAACAGGAUAUCGACGCGGCUAAAUCCAAUACUUCCCAAGUGGAGCAGGAGCAGACCUCAGAGCAGAUUCCCCAGCAACCCCUUCCUGAUUUGACCCAGGGUAUCCCUUCGACGCUGUUUGCUGAGCUUGAAGGCCGCAAGCAAGCCAAAGCAUCACCGGUAAACCUCACUGAGGAUCCCGCCCAUGUCGAUGAAUAUAAUGAGCACAACAAGAAGGAAGGUCGUAGUGGUGGUGAUAUUCCCAAGGGUGGAGAUGAGACCUCUUUGGACCGUCGCAAGGCGCGCAUGGCCAACAUCAUGUACGUUUUGAUGCUGGCCUCCGGUAUUGCAGGUAUUGGCUACCUAGGCCGUAACUGGGAAACCGAAGAGGAGGAGCUUGCUCAUCCGGAACAGCCAUCUGGAUGGGGUCUGGGUCUCUGGUAUAACCGUAUCAAGGCUCGCUACGGUGACAUCACCGGUUACUACACCGAACCGACCUUCCCCAAGCUGCUUCCUGAUGAGGACCCUACUCAGCGCCAACCAUACACCCUCGUGCUCAGUCUGGAAGACCUUCUUGUUCACAGCGAGUGGAGUCGUGAGCAUGGAUGGCGCCUGGCGAAGCGUCCGGGUGUCGACUACUUCCUCCGUUACCUCAAUCAGUACUACGAGCUUGUUCUGUUUACCACCGUGCCUAGUAUGAUGGCCGAUCAAGUUAUUCGCAAACUUGACCCGUUCCGUAUCAUCCGCUGGCCUCUGUUCCGUGAAGCUACUCGCUAUAAAGACGGAGAGUACAUCAAGGAUCUGGCCUACCUGAACCGUGACUUGUCCAAAGUAAUCCUCAUUGACACCAAAGAGGAGCACGCCCGCUUGCAGCCUGAGAACGCCAUCAUAUUGGACAAAUGGACCGGAAACCCCAAGGACAAGACACUAGUUGCCCUCAUUCCUUUCCUGGAAUACAUGGCUGGUAUGGGAGUUGAGGAUGUCCGUCCCGUUCUGAAGUCCUUUGAGGGAUCGUCGAUUCCUGUGGAGUUCGCCCAGCGUGAGAAGGCUAUGCGUGAGCGUUUCGAGAAGGAGCUCAUCGAGGAGAAGAAGAGAAAGCCCUCCAUUGGAAUCGGCAGCUUUGCCUCUGCUCUGGGAUUGAAGUCAUCCCGCACCUUGGAUGGAGAGGUGUCGCCAUCGGAAGGUCUGGCUCAGGGCAAGAUGCUCUGGGAUCAAAUCCGUGAGCGUGGCCAGAAGAACUACGAGCUGAUUGAGAAAGAAAUCCGUGAAAAUGGCGAAAAGUGGCUUGCUGAGAUGGCCGCGGAGGAAGAAAAAGCCCGCCAGGAGCAGAUGCAAAGCAUGAAGGGCAACGUCACAGGCAUGUUCGGUCUUGGCGGUGGUGAACAGAAGUAA